GAAAAUGCACGAAGGGUGUAGCACGAAAUAAGAACAAAUCUAGUCAGUUGAAAGAGUGUUUUUUGAUGCGUAGAUACUGUCAGGUAGACCGCAUAGCAUAACUGAUUCCAGGAAAAUUGAUUUGGGUAUGGAUUAGUUCAAUUAUUGCAAUUGGUUUUGCAAAACAACAUUUUAUUAUUAAAAUAAUGUGUUAAUUGAGUGUUGCUGGACUAGAUUUUGGAGGAUAUUUCAACCAUAUCACCGGCAAUCUUGACCAGAAUCCUAUCUUACAUGCUCACUCAGACUACAGGUUAUUGAUUAAUAUAAAUAACUGGAUAUAACUCAAUUUCGGAAUAACACAAUCUGAAGCCAUGUUAGCUGCAAGACAAUUGGUCCAUGUGAUCAACCUCCAGCGAAUGGGAUUCGUCUGUGCAUUUGACGUGCAAAUGCGCUAUGCUAGAUACCAUCUUGAUGAAUUAGCUUCCAGGCCUUAUGCCCAAGGUAUUGACGUUUUACUGUUAGUGGAACACAACCCUGUGUAUACUGUUGGCCUUAGAGACAAAUCUUAUUCAAAAGAGGAUGAGGAAAAAUUGCGUGCAACUGGAGCCGAAUUUCAUCGCACUAAUCGAGGAGGCCUUAUUACGUUUCAUGGUCCCGGUCAGUUGGUUGCCUACCCCAUAAUCAACCUUAAACAUUUCAAACUGGGCAUGCGAGAUUACGUGUGUAAGCUAGAGAAGACUAUGAUUGACACUUGCGGGUUUUACGGCCUGAAAGCAACAACAACCAAAGAUACUGGAGUGUGGAUUGAAGAUCGCAAAGUGGGUGCUGUUGGCAUUCACGGCAGUCGCUUUAUCACCACGCAUGGCGUUUCCCUAAACUGUAACACCGACCUGACCUGGUUCGACCACAUCGUGCCUUGUGGACUGGAGGGGAAAACCACAACCUCCCUAUCAAAAGAGCUGCAGAAGAAGGUGUGCAUCACACAGACUAUUCCAGUGUUCCUUAAAGCCUUCCAGGAGAGAUUUGGGUGUGAACUUACGGAGAUGUUUUUGGUUACGCAGGACCAUAAUCUGAUGCCUACCCCUGAAAACUUGCGAAAGGCCGAAGUGGUUUGACUUGCAUAAUAAGGAGCCAUGCUUUGUAUCCCCCACCAAAGGCAGAGGGAUAUAGAAUUGGUGCUGUUCUUCUGUCAGUUCAACCGUCACAAAAUUUUGAAAUUGGCGGGAAUAUCCAACCAAUUAAAUUGGUUUUGCUUGUUGAAUUUGCUUGUUUAAAAUGCAUGAAGGACCAAAACUCUGUGAAAAUGAUCAAAGAAAGCAAUUGGUAAGUAUGGCACGAAAAACGUCUUCUCAAAUUUUACAAAAAGGUAAACCAUAGUACAUGUACAUUAAAGUUGUUUGUUAAUCAGUUUACCGGGUAUAUUUAUUUCUUUUAAUGAUAAUUGUUUUUGCCACAAACCUUCCCAAACUUUUGUUGAAUGUUUACAGUCUCCUAUUUAAAAAAAAACUUCAAUGAGGUUAGAUAUCAACAGAUUAUCUGUGGAGAAAUUCUUUAUAGUUAACACUUUGCAUGCUGGGAAAUUUGUCGUCUGCUAAAAUGUUGUCUGCUGAAUUUCUAAAAUUAGCAUUUUCUUCGAUUU